AUGUCCUCGAUCGGCCCUGAGCUACCACCACACCUUCUUGCAAAGCGAAAGAGGCAAGCAGAGGAGCAAACCACUGCCAAAGCCAUCCCAAAAGGCGAUGCGCGCCCAAGUCCCGAUGCAGGCGAGAAGCGGAGAAGAAUAGUAGGCCCUGCACCACCACCUGCACCUCUAGAUGAGUUACCGCCCCGUAGCCCUGAAGUCGACGACAGUAGUAGCAGUGAUGAUGACUUCGGCCCAGCGCUACCCACUGGUGAUGAGUCUGCAACUGAUUAUCGUGAAGACAAACUACCAGCAGCUGAGAAAAUGCAAUGUCACACCUCAGAGAAGAAGCCUCAAAGAGAUGAGUGGAUGAUGCUACCUCCCAAACAGGAUGAUCUUGCCGCUCGAAUGGAUCCGACGAAGAUACGCGCACGGAAGUUUAACACAGGCAAGGGUGCAAAAGCUGGAGAUGCAGGUGGCGGCAGCUCUCUAUGGACGGAGACGGCAGAGCAGAAACAAAGGAGGCUACAGAAUGAAGUUCUCGGCAUCACAGAACCGGCAACUGCUGGAAGCUCAGACUCUAGUCGCAAGAGCAAGAGUCGUGAGGAGCAGAGGGCUCGCAAGAUCAAAGAAAACCUAGACAAGAGUCGUGGUGAGUCCCUAUACAUGCAGCACAAAGAGCGCAAUACUGUCGAAGAAGACGAUCCAAGCAAACGUGCCUUUGAUCGGGAGAAAGACAUGGGUGUCGGGUUGAAAUUGGGACAUGCACAGCGUAAAGAACUGAUGAACCGUGCUGCGGAUUUUGGAUCAAAGUUUUCUGGUGGUGGCUUCCUAUAGAUUUUAUCACGAGGUGCUUAUAUUAUUUGAGUAUUCAAUAUUAUAUUAUGAAGAACGCAGA